CAUUUUUUAUUUUAUUUUAUUUUUUACAAAAAGAAAAACAAAAAGACAAUAAUAAAUAACAAUGGCUCUUAAUAGAAAAAUAACUCUAAACACGGGUAAUGAAGUUCCUGUUAUUGGUCUCGGUACCUGGUUAUCAAAACCUGAUGAAGUUAGAAAAGCAGUUAAAUGCGCUCUCGAAACUGGCUAUCGACAUUUAGAUUGUGCUUACGUGUAUUGUAAUGAAGAUGAGGUAGGUCAAGGUAUUCGUGAGUCUGGUGUACCUCGUAAAGAAAUCUUUAUUACUUCCAAGCUUUGGAAUACUCAUCAUCGUAAAGAGUAUGUUAAAGCCGCUGUAAAAGCUUCUCUUAAAGCUUUAGGUCUUGAUUAUUUGGAUCUCUAUUUAAUUCACUGGCCUGUUUCCUUUAUAAAUUCUGGAAAGCCUGAAGAGACACCUGUUGUUCCUAACAUGGAAUAUCUUAUUCCUAAAAAGAAUGACAUUGUUCAACUUGAAGAAGUUGAUCCUUUAGAGACUUGGAAUGCUAUGGAAGAACUUGUUGAAGAAGGCUAUGUUAAAGCCAUUGGUUUAUCCAAUUUUAAUAUUGAAAAGACUCAAUAUAUUUUAGAUCAUUGCAAAAUUAAACCUGCUAUGAACCAAAUUGAAUUACAUCCCGCUUUACAACAGCCUGAACUUGUUUCAUUCUUGCACAAGAAUAAUAUUCAAGUAACAGCUUAUUCUCCUCUCGGAAAUAAUGUUUAUGGUGAAAAACGUAUUGUAGAUGAUCCUAUCAUUCUUGAUAUUGCCAAAAAAUUAAAUAAAUCUCCAGCACAAAUAUGUAUUGCAUUUGCUGCACAAAGAGGUCUUAUUGUGAUUCCUAAAAGUGUUACACCUAGUCGUAUUGUCGAAAAUUUCCAAGACUUUGAACUUUCUAAAGAAGAUUUCGACUCUAUUGCUUCUUUGGGCUCGAGAAACAUUCGUUAUAAUGAUCCUGGAUUGAAAGAUUGGAAUUGUACGAUUUUCUAAUUAGACAAGGAAAGAAAAAAAAAUAGAUGCCAGUAUGCUGUGCAUAAUAUCAUUUGUAAACAGAAACAUAAUAAAAUAAAGCACGCAUAUAUGCUCAAAUAAUAACGUG